CUGGUGUUUGCUUACCAACAAAAAGGGACAAAUGUCGAUAAAAUCGUUAUCAUGCACAGCUUGUGCAAUUUUGCCUAGUAUUUGCAGUGCUUUGUCUAGUUUGUUCAACAUCCAAACCGUUUCGAAAUCAUCAAACAAUAAUGUGAAGUUCGUACUAGUUUGUAAAAGUGUCGAAAAAUAGUGAAGAUCUCCUAAUUCUGUUGUUAUUUAUUUUUCCUCUACUCGCUUCGCGUUCCGAUUCGAUCCGCUUGAAGGUUGCCUCUGUUGGUGUGCGAAAAAUUUCCUUCAGUUCCAUCGCACUUGCGCAGUGGUCAACACCAGUCUAGUUUCUGUGGUCGAUGAUGACCAGUCGUAAAUCUCGGGCAUCGUAAAAAAAAAGAAAAUUUAGCAUUGUUUCCCACACAAGCUGCUUGCAUAAAUUGGUUGCAUCCGGUCUCCGAUAAUUGGUGCAUUUCGAGAGAACACUAAACACAGCACCGCUGGUGAUUCCGUCGUCAUUCGUUCCGAUCCCUGUCCAGCGGGGGGUAUCAACGCUAAUCGAAUGCAAGUGGAACUGGGUUAAGAGUGCCGUCGAACCGUGGAAGAAAGCAACGGCGAAGGGUGGAAAUUCCGGAAGAAAAAAAUAGUGAAUUAUGGCCCGAAAUCAGAGCAUCCACCGGACGGGUUAAGUGCUUUGGAUAGUAGUGAGUGAAAAUGACCUCGACCCCGUCGCCGGAGAGCGAAGAGUUUCCCGGCAGGUUGCUGCACCAGGCCGCACUCUGGGACAAUGCCGAGCUGCUGGAGGAUCUACUCCAGGAGGAAGCCCACCUGAUCGACUGUCUGGACUCGUGGGGUCGUGCUCCGGUUCAUGCGGCGGCCAUCACCGCCGACUCGCGCUGUUUGCCUAUGCUGAUCAAUGCUGGUGCGAAGAUCGAUGCCACUAGUGGACCGCGAGGUGAUAAUAAGACUGCUCUCCAUCUGAGUGCGGAACAUGGACACGUGACGAACGUCCAGGUGCUGCUGGACGCUGGUGCAUCCUUCACCGCCAAAGAUCGAAAUGGACUGACGGCGCUGGAUUUGGCGGAACGCAGCGGACAUGAGGACUGCAUCAGCCUGCUAAAGCAGGCCGCAGAUACCCGCGAGCAAAUUCGCGCUCAGAAGCACAAGAACCUGCGCGAAGCGGUAACAUCAUCGGAUGAAACCCUGGUUCAGCUACUGUUGGAUAGCAUCGGACCAGAGCGAGAGAUCAUCGUCAAUAUGGCUCCGGGAGGUGCAAAUACGCUUCUAUUCAUCGCCUCGCAGAACGGAUCUGAAAAAGUUGUACAACUACUGCUGGAAGCCGGAGCCGAUGGUCGGGCGCAUGCCGUCACAAAGUACUCUCCCCUCUAUACGGCGGUGCACAACGGACACACGAAGGUUGCCGCCAUGUUGCUGCACCGUUUUCCUGAGCUGGUACAACAACUGACCGUGGAACGGUGGCUGCCGUUCCACGCUGCUUGCAUUAACGGCCACUGUCCGGUCGUUGAAUUACUAAUUAAACAUUCCUAUCCGGAGGAACUAAUCAGUUCUUUCAGACAUGAACCUACUCCUAACAGGGACCCCAGUGGAGAGCUGGAAUGGCGUCUAGCCUUCGAUCCGAAUACCCAGGAUGUUACCGGACAAACGGCGCUCUACGUUAGCUGUCUACUCGGUAAUCGCCAGCUGGUGGAAAUGCUACUGAACUGGAAGGUCCGAUGCGUUCGGCACAGUCUUGCCAACGACGAUACGAUAUCCCAAGCUACGGACGCUCUCAGCCCUUCGGCGAAUCCGUUAAGUCCUACCAAUCGUCGGAUUUCUUUUGGCAUUCAAUCGAUUAUGUCCCGGUUGAGCUUGGGACGUGAUCCUGCGGAUGAUCGAAAUGAGAAUGCCGAAAUAAGAUGUCCAUUAGAUUUGAACAUUUUGUGCGGCGCUGCUCGAGAAACGGCGCUUCUGGCUGCCGUCCGGGGAAGCUUUCUCGAUGUGGUGACGCUGCUAUUGCAGAACGGAGCCGAUCCUAACGUUGUGGCACGAGCCGUGGAAGAUCAAAAUGAUCCGAAAUCAUCUGACGAAAUCUACGGCUUCUCCAAUGUUCCUCUAGCUGAGGCAACCCGGCAGAAGUCACUGGCGAUGGUGGAUCUUCUUUUGAAGUAUGGUGCCAAAGACGAUCAGUCAAUCGCACUAGGAAUUGCUAUUCAAAAUGCAGAUGAACAAAUCGUGUGCCGGUUGCUGUCCAUCAAAGCGCACGCCGAUCCAGAUUACAAAAUUAAUAAGAAAGCACUAACCCAGGAUGCGGAAUACAGUGCUCUGCCCAUCGUGGGAAGUUUCACGUAUAGUUCACUGUUUCCCAGCACCGCAACAAUGAUCAACUGGCACAGCAGCAAUUGUCGGUUGUCGGAAAUCAAAAUGUCCUGGCUCAGCGAAGCCGUCCUGCAGUGUAAUCCCAAGCUGAAAGGUCAUCCUCGCUGCCAGCAGCUUGCACUUGGAGCUCUAACCCGCAUCGACAUCUCGCACAACUGUUUGUCUUAUCUUCCGGCUGAGCUCUUCACCCUAGGUAGUCUGCGCUAUCUAAAUGCCGCCCAAAAUCUACUUGAGCUGUUACCGAACCCGGAAGAUAUCGAUCCGUCUUUCAACCAACAAAAACGUCGUCAUUCGAAGAUACCCCAUCACGAGUACAACUGUCCCGUGUUGGAAGAGCUCUACCUACAGGACAACCGACUUGAAGCCAUUCCGCCUCGCAUCUUUUUGCUUCCAAGCCUCACCAUCCUUGACGUUUCCAACAACAAACUCCAGCAGCUGCCAUUCGAGCUGUGGAAAUCUCCCAAACUGAAGGAGCUCAACGUAGCGUUCAACUUCCUAAAAGAUCUACCCUCUCUACCCAACCGCUUCGAACAAAGCGGAGACGCAACCGAGCCACCCUCACCCGUCACCGAGGCGUGUCUUUUCCACGCUUAUUCGUGCGAGGAAAACAUGGAUUCCCUCGCCCGGAGCCGCAACGUCGCCAGUCUAGAAAUCGUCAAACAUCACAUCUGGUCCAAGUCGCUGGAGGUAACCGACCAAGAGCUGCGUCUGCCCGAUGCCAAAAACGAUCAUACAGUCUCGCAGCUUAGCAGCCUAAACUUGGCCAACAAUCUCUUCACUAGCAUUCCACUGGCGCUGCCCUGCCUAGCGGUGAACCUGACCCGCCUCAACAUGUCCUACAACAGCCUUCGUUCGAUGGGUCACGUCACCAGCUAUCCAGCCUCGCUAAAACAGCUCGACCUCGGCCAUAAUGAAAUCAGCUGCUGGCCUAGUCUGCCCCGAAUUGCUGCAUCCGAUCCACACCUGAUGUGCUACAAUCCCCAAGAGCCGAAGAAAAACUCGAGCAAAAGUUCUCUCGUCAGUAGCGGAAGCAGCGCUUCCGGUAGUACGGGAACCCCGUACGCCAAUGAGGUUACCGUCGUGAAGUCGUCCACCAGUUCCAACAACAUAACUUCUCUCCGGACGGCCGUCCUCAAGAGUGUUUGCGCCCACCGAAGACACUUGCGGUUGGAGUCUCUACGAACGUUGGUCCUAGCGGACAACUCGCUCACGCGAAUUCAACUUUCCACGGAUGAUGUCACCACUUUAGGCGAAUCGGAGGACGCCGAGUGGAGUUUGAUCGGAGUAGCCAAGUCCAGGUUGAUCUUUCCGAACCUAUCGAUGUUGGACAUCAGUAACAAUUCACUCAAGGAGAUUCCUCCAUCCAUACACGAGCUAACGAACCUGAGCGUACUGAAUAUCAGUGGAAAUAUGGACGUGACCGAGCUGCCACCACACAUGGGUCUGCUGUCGCGUUUGUGGAAUCUGAACACCAGAGGCUGUUCGCUGCAAGACCCGCUGCGUUCGAUGAUUGAUAGUAAGAAAUACAAAACGAUGGACAUAAUCGGCUAUUUGAAGUCGGUUUAUGAAGACGCCCGACCGUACGCCAGGAUGAAACUGAUGGUGGUGGGAGUGCAGGGAAUAGGGAAGACUAGUUUGCUAGAUCAACUGCGAAGCGAGGGUCCCUCGCGAAACAAAAAGCAGGUCGAUCACUGGGCUAAGCGGAUGGGACAUAAGAACAUUAAUACGAAAACCAGCCGGGGGAUCAACAUGUCGACGGUUGGGGUCGACAUCGGGGAUUGGAUUUGCGAGAAGAAACUGCGGGGACAUUCGACGCACGGGCCGGUAGUUUUUCGGACGUGGGAUUUCGGUGGUCAGAAGGAGUACUAUGCGACGCAUCAGUACUUUUUGUCGAAGCGCAGUUUGUACCUGGUGUUGUGGAGGAUUAUCGAUGGUCGGAAGGGACUGGCGGAGGUAUUGCAGUGGUUGGGGAAUAUACAGGCACGGGCACCGAAUUCGCCUGUGAUAAUCGUGGGUACCCACUAUGACGCUGUGGGUGAGACGUUGCCCGCGAAGAAGGCUGAAGAGCUGCAGCAGGUUAUUCGCGAUCGGUUCAUAGCGGUGUCGGAUGCAGAGAAAAUUGGACUGCCGAGGGUUUUGGACUCGAUCGAAGUGAGUUGUAAGACGGGACAUAACAUUAAGUUGCUGGCGAAUUUGAUCUACGAUACAGCGUUUUCCCUGAGGCCUCCGGGUUGUAAGGAACCACUGCUAUAUCAACGUGUCCCUGCUAGCUAUCUAGCGCUGGAGGAUGUCGUGGGGACGAUUUCUGGUACGUUGCGGCAGUUUGGCGCGGAUCCGGUGCUGGAUGCCGAACGCUACCGGCACAUGGUUACGCAGGAGAUGCAGCUGCGUGGUUUGAAGGGGUUCCGUGAUUGGUCCGAACUGAAUCAGGCAACCAUGUUUCUGCACGAUAAUGGAGUUCUUCUGCAUUACGACGAUGCAACGUUGAGAGAUUUGUACUUCCUGGAUCCGCAGUGGUUGUGUGACAUGCUGGCGCAUGUUGUCACCGUUAGGGAGAUCAAUCCGUUCGCCAGAACGGGUGUGAUGAAGAUGGACGAUCUGCAACAUGUUUUCAAAAGUUCAUGUCUGGGAAGCAGUGAUAAUCGAGGCUAUAUUGUAAGUUUGCUUAACAAGUUCGAGGUAGCGCUGUCGUGGGAUGCCCGAACGCUACUUAUUCCUUCGUUGCUGCCUAUCGAAGAGGACUGCACGGCCGAGCGGGUGGUAACUGUUAAGAUCGCCACCCGCUCCAAAGGCUGGGUGAUGCGCACACGACGCAACCCGAUGAACACCGCAUUUCCCACGUACGAACCCGUUACUUCGGAGCCAGCAACUCCGGUCUUGAGCAACGCUUACGACACGCAAACACUACCCCGAACGGAGCGUUCAAUAUCUCGCCUACUGCUAAUGUCCUACUUUCCGUCCGGUUUCUGGUCCCGUCUGAUAACCCGUGUGCUGGCCGAUGAUCAAGUCGUGGAAGCAAUCCGUUGCCUGUAUCCCCUGCCGAAGGAGGCAGCAGCCGAUCCGGAUAUCAACCAGCUGUUGAACCACUCCGCGCACUGGGCCGUCUGGCAGACGGGACUCGCCCUGUACUGCGGCUCGACACUGGUCUUCAAGAUGCGAGAAAUUUCCGUAACUUGCCCGAACUCCCCGUACCGCAAUCCGAUGAAUCGCUUCAAGCUUAAGCAGGAUGGCAUUUGGUGUGAUAUCGAUCUUACAUCCACCUCGAUACUGGAGAUUUUCUUUCCGUGUAAUGCCCAGAAGAUUCGUAAGCUUAACGAAGUGGGAGUCGAGCUUAGUGCGGUGGAGAUUGAAGCGAACAUCCAAUGUGUGACGCAAUUGCUUGCACUUAGUGUAGAUCAUAUCGAUCUACUGCUGGAAGAUUGGUACCCAACGUUGGGUACGAGAUUCGUGCAUACUUCGGAAGGUCGCUUCCUGGUUACUCGGUUGGUACCAUGCCCGCGAUGUCUUCGCGACUGCGAAGAUCGUCACGGUUCAAACUUCCCCUCGCAGGUGAAACCAAGCAACAGCGGUGGCCAGCGGCCGACUCUUCACAAACGGCUAAGCAUGGACAGGAGGGCGGAGUUUGGCGAACCGAGCGGGUUGAACGAGCUGCCGGGAAUUUUGAACGAUUUGGUAUCCGCUAGAAAGUCACAGGAUUCGGUCGGUUGGUCGGAUUGUGACUCCGGUGUCGGACAAGAGUCGGCCGAUAGUUCUCGGGCGACUUCGAUCGAGGGACAUCCGUUGGUGGCUGCUGGAGACCUGCCGGGACCGCCAGCCUAUUCGUGGAUGGUGGAGGAGUGUAUUCUUGCGGCGUACGAUAAGCGCUCCGUCGGUUGUCCAAUCCAUGGUGAGAUUGAGCUGAGCAGAGUUACCCCAGAUGUGAACUUUAUGGAUUUAUCAGAGAACUAUCUGAUUCGUUCGGAGGAUGUUCACCGAGGUCCUCUGCUGGGGCGAGGUGCGUUCGGCUUUGUGUUCAAAGCGACCUGCAGAACGCGUGGCUCUAAAACGGUAAUUCCGGUGGCUAUGAAAAUGCUUCAACCGGUUGCACCGGGUCCGCGGGCCCGUCAGAGUGCCAUCAUAGCGUACAAAGCUGCCCUGGGUAAGUGGGAACGGGAUCCGCUGCAGCAUUCGUGCAAGGCUUACUGUACGGCACGCCAGGAGCUAGCGGUGCUGCUGACUUUGCGCCACUCAAAUAUUGUUCCGCUGAUUGGAGUAUGCACUCAGCCACUGGCAUUGGUGUUGGAUUUGGCACCGAAGGGGGCACUGGAUGCGGUGCUGAGACACUUCCGUCGCAGUGGUGCCCGCAUCGGUCCUUACUGCUUCCAGUCACUAGUGCUGCAAGCAGCCAAAGCGAUGGAGUAUCUUCAUCGGCGCAGAGUUAUCUAUCGCGAUCUGAAGGCGGAGAAUAUUCUGGUUUGGGAGUUUCCGGAACCACAUGCAGACGACCACCCGUCGAAUGUGGUUCACAUCAAGGUGGCUGACUACGGCAUCAGCCGUAUAACGCUACCGUCCGGUUCCAAAGGUUUCGGGGGUACCGAAGGCUUCAUGGCGCCGGAAAUUAUGCGUCACAACGGGGAAGAAGAGUACACCGAAAAGGUGGACUGCUUCUCCUUCGGAAUGUUUCUAUAUGAGCUGAUUGCGUUGCGGCAACCCUUCGAGGGACACGAAGCCGUUAAGGAGUGCAUACUGGAGGGAGGACGCCCGGUGUUGACACAACGGGAAACACAGUUCCCCUCAUACUGUCUGGAUUUGAUGGUGCUGUGCUGGGAUCAACAGCCGAAGGUUCGUCCUUCCGCUAGCCAGAUCGUGUCGAUAGCCAGCGCUCCAGAGUUCACACAUCUGAUUGAUGUUUGUUCCCUGAAUCACCCCGGUAAUACGAUGGAUGGCAUCGCAUGUCAGAUAGCGAACAUUGACGAUGAAGCGGUCGUUUCCGCCUAUGAGUUGUGGGUGCCCUGUUCUAAUUCCCGGAUCGACAUCCUGUUGGGAUCGUUGAAGGGUUGGCAGCAGUAUCACAGAAUACCUUGCCCACAGAUUUCGACCCCGGUUAAGACAGCCGGAUCGUCAAGCGGUUAUCACUCGCAACCAACUACUCCUCAUCAGGGAAAACACACGAAACUUACGACUGCGUGUAUUGUCGAGAAGGCCGUUUGGGUCGGAGAUGCCGAAGGCAAUAUCUAUGCUUUCAACGCUUCGGAUUGUGCACAUCUGUUUUCCUAUGCUCUUGAGCCGGCUCAGCCUUGUCCCGUCGUUGCGUUGGUCUAUCUUAAGAAGUUCAAUCGCGUGGCGGCUGGCCUGGAAAAUGGACGCCUUUUUCUGCUGGACUCUAGCCUUGUUCCUAGCACGUACGUACUGGCGGAAGGCAGCUUCGUUCUGUCCGAGCUGGGCUCCGGCGAACGGCUUUACAGCGUCUGUCCCUUGUGGACAAACGAAACGGACUGCGAGCUGUGGUGCGGUGAUGCGGAAGGAGCUCUCAAUGUUUUCUCGUUGAAAAAUUCGCACGUUUCCGGUCAGCAUCGAUUGGUACAUUUUCCGGCACCCAUUCCGUCGCGUGGCCUCACGGUUGGCCUGCUGUGCGCUUCCGAUGAGUACGUCUACUCGUACGUCGCACCCGGUUGCAUCCUCUAUCAAUGGAGUGCCACCGGCAAGCAGAUCGAGAACCGGUUGGACUGUUCGAAGCUGGUGCCCUGCUCCGAGAGUCUCAAGAGCAUCGCCAUCGAUGAACAUCUCAGCCCGGGAAAAUGUCAGGUCAGCGCAAUGGCCGCCCUAAACGGUGAGCUGUACGUCGGCACCACCUGGGGCUGCAUUAUUAUCGUCGAAAAGCAAUCGCUCCGACCGAUCACGAUUUUCCGUCCCUUCGAGGAGGACGUUCGCUGUAUCAUUCCACUGUACGGUGGGGUGACUCCGAUGCUGGUUACCAUCGGGCGGGGCUAUCGGUCGCUGAUCGGUCGCUACACGGAUGUCACCACCGGUCAGGUUACGACCCCGUCCACCACGGCGCAGGAAAAGCGUUUCAAGGAGUCUCUGCUUAAGGAUCGAUCGAACAACAUGCAUGCGCUGAUCUGGACCGCAGAGCACUGGACGCCCAUUUAAAUGGGGACAAAUUUUAAUGUUUAGAAUAGGUGUUUCAACUUUUUCUGUGAUUUUACGAAUAGCGUUUAAACAGCAUGUUCCAGAGAUUAUCCGAAUUGACAAAGUUUUUUGCCUAUCUUCUAAUAGAAAUAAAAAUUUCGGAAGCUUUAGCAGCUUGUGAAUCAGA